UCGACAUGCCGCCACAGCGUAUCGGUGAUUAUCGUGCGAUUCUUCUGGACAAUUUGACAAAAAAUAUUCCUACAUGUAUAUAUAUGAACGUAAAAUCAAAUAAAAAAUUUCCAAGUGCGUCAUAUUAACUCGAUGAUUCGAAAUCGCCUAUUAAAUUGUAAAAGUGUGGACCAACAAUGAGUUCGCGAAGACCUGGUGCUGGGCCCACGCUUAACUUCAAAGCGGUGCUGCUGGGCGAAGGCUGUGUGGGCAAAACAUCUCUUGUGCUGCGCUACAUGGAGGAUAAAUUCAAUACACAGCAUCUUAGCACGCUGCAGGCGUCGUUUGUGACCAAAAAAGUGACGCUGCCAGAUGAGAGACGCGCACAGCUCAACAUAUGGGACACGGCCGGUCAGGAACGAUUUCAUGCCUUGGGACCCAUAUACUAUAGGGGAUCGGAUGGGGCACUGCUGGUGUAUGAUAUCACCGAUCAGGACUCGUUCCAGAAGGUCAAGUCAUGGGUGCGCGAACUGAAGCAGAUGCGUGGAAGCGAAAUCGCUCUGAUUAUUGUGGGUAACAAGACUGACCUAGAGGAGCAGCGAGCCAUCAGCUAUGAGACGGCGCUGCGUUAUGCGCAAACGGUGGGCGCACAGUACGUGGAAACGUCCGCCAAGGAGAACGACGGCGUCAACGAACUGUUCGAGCUGCUUACCCAACUGAUGGUGGCCCAUCAUGGCAGUAAGCAGCAAAACGAUACCAAUGCAUUGCGCCUACAAAACUCGAUCUCGGAGGCCGGAGUCGAGCCGGAUCUAGAUGAGAAUGUCCCCGCUGUCGCCGCCGCGCAUCGCUCUUGCUGCGGCAUAUAGACUGCCUGGCAGUCGUCCAUUGUGAUAAUACAUAUGUACUAGUUAAUCUAAAAUCGAUGUGUAUUUGUAAAUAGUACGUGUAUGUAUGUAUGUACCCAUUAUACCAUAUAGAACCAUGUGCGAUCUGUGCUAGCAUGCGACUGUAGGUAUGAUUCUGUUAUUAGUUACCCGUUUUGAAUAGCAAACACCCAAAAAUGGUUCCAGUAUUUUUUUUUAAUCUCGUAUUUCCUAUUAUUGCUUAUUCACAUUUGUUUUCUCUAUUUUUUUUGGAAAUUGUUGAUUAAAUUUAUUAGUAUGAUUCAUCCUUUAAUCUUAUGAAUUUAUUAUUAUCAUUUUUUUUUUUUUUUUUUUUUUUUUGCGAGACGAUAAAUUUCACAAAUUGAAUCUUGAAAUUCGUUUUCAACAUAUGAGAAUUUCUAAAAAGAAACAUUUGGAGAAUUAACUUUUAGUAAAACUAAAUAUGAUUUUUUCUUUUUUGAACUGAAGAAGAUAACAAGAAAUCUUUAUAAAAUAGAAACUAAAUAUAAAAUAUGAAGUUGAACUUAGCUACAAACUAUCUAAGAUAAUUUCAAGUAGAAUGUAUAUAUGUUAGUUUCCCUAGAUUGCUUAAGUUGAUCCCAAAUGUCAAGGGCAAGCGAUUCAAAUUAGAAAUGCUCCAAAUGUGCGCAUUAACUAUUGGGAAUGGCUAGAGUCCAUUAAGUUAAUGAAUGAAUAUUGUACAAAGAUUGCUCUUCAAUUACCGUGAGCGCGUGGCUGAGCCAAACUAACCACGCUAUAUACCUAUGUAUAUAGGUAUAUGUAUAUAUACAUAUAUAUUCCACACGGGCAUGUCAACUGACAAUAUUACUAUAUUGUCAUUUAACAUGCAUACACGCUGCAAGUGUGCUUUUUGUGUGUGUGUGGGUGCUUGUAUUGGAAGAGCCUUGUGUUCAAAUUCUCAAAUGACUUGUUAUUUAUGCAUAGUCAGCUGCUGCCUUGGCUCUGUCUGGCAUUGCCAUCGACUGUUGCAGCUGAAAAGCGCCUAAGCGGCCAUCGGAGAAGGUUGCCAAAAUAGUGGAAGAAACCUUAGUCUUAUAUACAUAUAUGCACAUAUGUGCGUGUGCGUGUGGCAUGAAGCCCUUAAUCUUGAUAUUGAAGACAUGGCUGGCCUAUGGCUUCGUGACGCUCUUUGCGCUGCUCUGCCAACUACUGGAGAGAUCAGCUCGAGCGCUGCUCUCACUGCGGCCAUAGCCAAGCAGCAUUAAUUCGUGUACAAAUUUGCUAAAUAUAUUAACUAUAUAUAUGUAUAUGUAUAUACUGUAGUUCAAGUUAAUAUAAGUACGAGAUAGACAACGAGUUUUCAUUGAAAGUAGAAGUUAAGCUUUGAUAACCUGCGCGUUAUCCCAACAACUUGAUAUGCACAGGUGCAAAACGUGUGUUCGAUAUGCAGACAUAUGCAUUUUUGGAGCCUUUCAAUAAGUGGAAAUACGCUUAAAACACUCAUAUAUAGAUCUUAAAGUUUAAGUAGUAGAAACAGUUCAAAUGAGGAGAGACUCUAUUUAAGACGCUUCAGAACAACGAGUGUAUUCUAAAUAAAUGAAACCUUAAUAUUGUUAUUACAAUUGUAAUCAAUAAAUGCCUUGAAUGAAAUUAA